AUGACGGCCAAAAAAUCUUCAAGCGUCAAGACAUCGAAGGUACCAAACAGAGAUCGCUCUCGCUACGAAGACCAAUUUGUGAAGACGAAGCUUUGCUCUUUCUAUGAAAAGGGCAAAUGCACACGCGGAGCUCAGUGCACCUUUGCACAUGGAAGCUUCGAGCUACAACAGCUUCCAGAUCUCACCAAGACAUCGCUUUGCCCGGCCUUAAUGCAAUUUGGGGCUUGCGACGAUGACGCUUGCCUCUUUGCGCACGGUGUACAAGAGCUGCGUGCUACGAAGAAGUUCUACAAGACUUCGAUGUGCAAAUUUCACCUGAUGCGACAAUGCCGAAUGGGGGCGGCCUGCCGACAUGCUCACGAUGAGUCAGAGCUCCGCAUGGAUCUCCGUCUCAAGCUGGCAGAGGACCCUUCACUGUCUUCUCUCUGCGAUGGGGCCGAUUCUGUAUACAGGCAAGACUCGUCCAUCUCGUCCGCAUCCUGUCCGCCUAAUACCUUCAGACAGCCGACAGUGGACCUGGAUCAGGAUGAUGUGGAACCCGCGGGAUGGCCGUUGUGGUUGGACAUGUCAGCAGAAUCAGCGAGGCCCGUUGCGUGUCCUCGGCAGUACUUCCAGCCGAGCUGCUUGAUGGAUUUUUCCUGGCAGAAUGAGACAUGCGAGUCACAGAAGGAGUCAUCCCGGCUGUCGCCUCCAUGGGUGUCAGACUUUGCGAUGCCAGCGCACAACGUUCUGGGUGGAUCCUCACAAAAGCAAGCCUUCGAGCUGGACCAAAGAUUUCAUGGACCUCCUGGACUGCCGAGAGGUUCUCUGAUGGACAUCACCAUCAGCCUAUAG